AUGCAUUUCAACUCCUUCGCCGUUUGCCUUGGUCUGGCUGGUCUGGCCCAGGCACACAUGGAGAUGAUCUCCCCCGCCCCUUUCAAGUCCAAGGAGAACCCUCACGCCGGCAGCGAUGUCGACUACAGCAUGACCGCUCCUCUUGAGGCCAGCGGUGGCAACUUCCCUUGCAAGGGCUACCACUCUCUCUUCGGCACUGAGGCUGGUGCCUCUGUCGCCGAUUGGGAGGCCGGUAGCCAACAGACCAUGAAGAUCACCGGUGGUGCUAACCACGGCGGUGGUUCUUGCCAGGCCUCUCUCUCCUUCGAUAAGGGCGAGUCUUGGCAAGUUAUCCACUCCUUCAUCGGUAACUGCCCUGCUGCUGGUACAUCUUCUUUCGAUUUCAAGGUUCCCUCCGAUGCUCCCUCCGGCGAGGCCAUCUUCGCCUGGAGCUGGUUUAACCAGAUUGGUAACCGUGAGAUGUACAUGAACUGUGCUGCCGUCACCAUCAAGGGUGGAUCUAAGCGCGCUUCUGCCAUGAGCAACCGUCCCGCCAUGUUCGUCGCCAACGUUGGCAAUGGUUGCACCACUGAGGAGUCCUCUGACCUUGAGUUCCCCGAACCCGGUCCCGAUGUGAGCAACGACUCUCAGAAGACUGCUGGCCCCAUGGGAUCUUGCGCCAAGGCUGGCUCCGGCUCCGGCUCCGGCGAUGGUGCUGCUCCCAGUGCGCCCGCUGACAACGGAAACAAUGGAGGCGACAGCGGCGCUGCUCCCAGCACCCCUGCCGGUGGUAACGAUGGCUCCUACAACCCUGGCAACGAUGGUGCUGGUGCCGCCCCCAGCGCCCCUGCUCCCACCAAGCCUGCUGAAGGCGCCCCUGAUGCGUAUGUACCCUCACCCUCUUCUGCAACUGACAGUGGUCCUAAUUCGCAAACUUCUAGUCCUGGAGGUGUCUUCAUCACUGUCUCUCAACCCGCUGAGGCUACCGCUGCUCCCUCGGCCCCUGCCAACGAUGGCGCCGGCUCCAGCACUCUUCUGACCAUGACCAAGCCUGCUCCUGCUGCUCCCACCAGCAUUGUUACCCCUGAGCCCGCUCCUGCUGCUCCUACUCCCCCCGCUGCUCCCGCGACCCCUGAUGCUGGUGAGGGUGGUUCUGGUACCGAGGAGACUGCAGGUUCCGCUUGCACCGAGGAGGGUCAAUGGAACUGCAUCAGUGGUUCCAAGUACCAGCGCUGCGCUUCCGGUACAUGGUCUGUUGUUCAGUCCAUGGCAGCUGGUACUACCUGCUCUGGCAACAAGAGCCAAGCCAUGGCCUUUGGAUUCGGCCGCAAGCUCGCUUUUCGAUUUCGUCGGGCCUAA